UACAGUGUUUUUUUACUGAAUGAACAAGAAAGCAAGGAAACACUGGUAAUGUAAAUAUAUGACCGUUACAAGAAACCUCCAAAUUAUUCCCCCAAAUAUAUAAACUGUCACAUUUCCCAUUCUCUUCAACAUAUAUUUUUGUUUCCAUUUUAUUAUUAUUACAUUUCAGAAAUGGCUACAAACUUUCUUACACUUCUUACUUUCUUCCUCUUGUUUCCCCGGUUGCUAAAUGCAACCUCGCCGCCGGAGACCAGCCACGGCGGCGGCGGCGCUCUGCCGCCAGCGAGUUUCGAUUCUGCUGCUAGCAGAAGGCAGCUCGACGGCCACUAUGUGGGGCCGUCCGGCCGCCGCACUAUCUCCGUCAACCUCGACGGCUCCGGCGACUUCCUCUCUGUUCAGGCCGCCGUUGACUCCGUCCCGGAGAACAAUUGCAUGAGUGUACUCAUUCAAAUCAGUCCUGGCUACUACAAGGAGAAGGUGGUGGUGCCGGCAUCUAAACCGUUCAUAACGUUCGAGGGAGCAGGGAGGGAAUGGACGGUGAUCGAGUGGCAUGACAAGGCGAGCGACCGGGGCCCGGACGGGCAACAACUCCGUACAUAUCAAUCCGCUUCCGUCUCCGUCUUCGCCAACUUCUUCUCGGCUAGAAACAUCACUUUCAAGAACACGGCACCGGCACCGCCGCCGGGGGUGGAAGGGUGGCAAGCGGUGGCGUUUAGGAUAUCCGGCGACAAAGCGUACUUCUCCGGCUGCGGAUUCCACGGCGCUCAGGACACUCUUUGCGACGACGCCGGCCGGCAUUACUUCAAGGACUGCUACAUUCAGGGCUCCAUCGACUUCAUUUUCGGCAAUGGCCGCUCCAUGUACAAAGAUUGCCAGAUCCAUUCAAUAGCAAGAAGAUUUGGGUCAAUUGCGGCCCAAAACAGAAAUUUUCCGGACGAGAAGACUGGAUUCGCAUUCGUUAAUUGCACUGUUACUGGUACUGGGCCGCUGUACGUGGGCCGGGCCAUGGGCCAAUAUUCCAGAAUUAUCUUCUCCUACACUUAUUUUGACGACGUCGUCGCCCACGGCGGCUGGGAUGACUGGGACCACGCCAGCAACAAAAGCAAGACCGCAUUUUUUGGGGUGUACAAAUGUUGGGGCCCAGGAGCAGCAGCAGUUCAAGGGGCAUCGUGGGCCAGAGAGCUGGACUUUGAUACGGCCCACCCAUUCCUUAGGAAGAGCUUUGUAAAUGGGAGACACUGGAUUGCGCCUGCUGAUGCUUAAUUUAAUUUUUGUUGUUUUUAUUUUUAUUAUAUGCUUAAAUUAGUUCAUCAAUUCUUUAUGUAUGGCAUAGAAAUAAAUACUCCCAAAAAAAAUUUGUUUUGUGUUG